AUGCCGGAGAGGCAGACAAGCAGAGGGGAGGGAGGGGUGAAAUCCCCAGAGUCUGUCCCCGGCGUGGCAAAAUGUUUGUCGUUGAACAGCCGGGGCUCAGUGGUGCUGCCAGAAGAUCCUCAUCCCGGCGCUCCCUUCGAGUGUUCUGUACUACCAGAGCUAGGAGAGUUCGUGUUACAGCAUGCGGCAAAGCUUGCUCAGCGUGGCAUUAACGUAACGGAACUGAACAGCAUCUUCACUUCGAUCAAGCUGGCUGCUAAAGUUGUAAAUAGGAUCAUCACCAGACAGGGCACAUAUGGACUCGAUGGUGAGGCUUAGGAACACUUGAUCAAGGAGGAAGAAAACAGCGAGGACGUGGCAGAUUUGCGGCCGUUGGCACACCGCACUUUUGUGGAUGCCAUCAUCAACAGACAGGGGGCAGCUGGACUUGCUAACAUUGUCGAUGGAAACUUUACUUCGUGUGAAGGUUGUGAAGACAAGAGUUUAGUCGUGCUAGUGACCCCGUUGGACGGCACUCGCCAGAUUGACGUUAACGUCUCUUCCGGUUCCCUCUUCUCGGUCUACAAGAGAAUCUCUCCAGUGGGUAGCCCAGUGACCAGGGAGGACUUCCUGCAGGCAGGAGAAAAGCAAGUUUGCGCGGGGUAUGUGCUCUACGGCUCGUCUACAAUCCUAGUGUGUACUCUGGGAAGCGGCGUACAAGGCUUCACUCUAGAUCCUUCUCUUGGCACCUUCUACCUCUCUCACCCCAACAUAAAAAUGCCCGAAAGGGGAACCAUCUACUCUGUCAAUGGAGGUAAAAUGGCAAGGUUUCCCGUCGCUGUCAGGCAGUACAUUUCUCAUUGUCAAGACAAGGGAUUUUCGUGCAGAUACAUCGGUUCGCUAGUCGCAGAUUUUCACAGGAACAUGCUGAAGGGAGGAAUAUACAUUUAUCCUCCAACCUUUGCUGAUCCCUUGCCGUCGGUCAACAUGGUAUUUCAGUGUUUUCCCCUGGCGUUCAUCGCGGAGCAGGCUGGGGGGCGGGCAAGCGACGGCUUCACGAGGAUUCAGCUCAUUGAGCCAGUCUCCUUCCAAGAUCGUAUUGCCUUUUUCUGCGGUAGCAGUCAUCUCGUAGAUGUACUCAACUUCUACAUGGCAAAGAACAAACUCCGAGAUGGAGGGUGGUGCUUCCAAAGCCCUCAUAACCGGUCCAGCAGUACGAGUAAUAGUUCCCUCCGGAACAACGAAGGCAUCCUCAUGCAGUUGCUUUGCGCACAGCUCCACGACAGAGAAGAUGUCUUGUAUCGUCGGGUCAAUUCCACCACAAAUUGA